AUGGCCGGGGACGCGCUUCAGGACCCAUUCAACCCGGCACAGCCAGCGACAACUUCCCCCAGCCGGCCAGCGACGCUCUCGCCGCCCUCCAAGCCAGCGUUGUCGCAUCGCCCGAGUUUCACGACUGUGCUCUCGACGGCGGAUCUUUCAGCGGCGGUAGAGGGGCAGGUGGACCUCCCGAGCGCGCCACCGCUCAGCCACGAAGCCCUCGCGGGCGACGACUUUGAUGCGAGCGAGUUCCUGCUCGCUCGCCGACAUACCCCACUCGACGACCUGCGGAGCGAGCUCCGCGGGUACCUCGCGACUCUUCGAACUUCCCUCGUCGGCGUAAUCAACGAGGAGUACGAGGCGUUCAUCGGUCUCUCGCUCGGUCUCAAGCAUGCCGCAGUCUCCCAAUCGCUCGCCACGAUCCGCCGACCCGUUCUCUCCGUUCGAGGGGAAGUCAUGCGCGUCAAGGACGAGUUGGAGGACAUGCGAAGCGAGAUGAGCGGCGUCCUGGACGAGCGGAAGGAGGUCCGGGAGAUGAAAGCCAUGAUGCGGAGACUGUUGGCGACAGAGGAGGCCGUCGACAAGGUGGAGGGUUUGUUAAAGCCGGCUGGCGAGGGGGACAAGUCGAGGAGUCUUGACCUCGCUGUGGAUUCGCCAGCGAAGCGGCUAGAGCGGAUAGCGAGCGAAUACACUCACAUGCUGUACCUUGUCGAACGAGCAGGCGACCUUCCCUUUGUCAAGGCUCUUCAGCCUCGCAUCGAUCGCGUUACUUCCGCCCUGCGAACCGACCUCUCCUCCCUCCUCUCCGCCAUCCUUGCCGGCUCUCCCUCGACCCCGACAUACCGAGAAGAGCUCACCAUCGCACUCCGUACCUUCCUCUCCCUCGGUCUCGUCUCGCAAGUCGAAGACAUCGUGCGACGAGACGUCGCCCGCCCCUUCGUCAAACACGCCAUUCACCGCGACGCCCUCUCCCCUCCAUCCGACUCUGCCGCUCUUUCGUCCCAUCCGGCUCAUGUUCCUCCACCGUACCGCAUCGAACACAUUGGAGUUCCUCCAGCACACCGAGAAGGAACGGAUGCCGCGCCUCUCACCGCGCUUUACAACCGCAUCCUCGCAUUCGUCUCGCACGACUGCGGGGUCCUACUUGACGUCGCUGAGCGGGUACUGGUGACUCAGCCCGACCGGCGAAGAAUCGACUCAGAUGGUGCGGCAUCCACAGGCGGCGAGGCGGAGAAGGUGGAAGGUUUCGAGAUCUUGACGAACGUCUUGUUUGACGAGAUCGGAACGGCAUUGAUGGGCGAGCUGGGAGGCGUCAUCUACGCUGCUGGUCGACCAACGGUGUUCCAUCAGAACUACCUCCUCACGACCGCCUUCGUCUCACGCAUUGAGUCGCUCUCGCCCACGCUCGCUCGCCUGACCUCUCUCCGAUCCCACUCAACCUACACGACCCUCCUCAAGCGCUUCCAGCUCCCAGUCUACUUCCAGCUCCGCUUCAAAGACGCCGUCACCUCCGUCGAGCGAGCGUUCGAAGUCGGUCAAGCGAGCGGAGGAGGGGCGGAGGGGUUCGUGAUGAGCGAGAGUGAGGCGGCGUUCAAGGCGUUGAGGAGGUGCUGGGACGAUGAUGUGUGGCUGGAGGAGUUGGCGGGAAGGUUCUGGAGGUUGACGCUGCAGAUCGUCAGCCGGUACCGCACAUGGCUCAACGACCGAGUCCCGCGAUACGUCUUGCCUACGAGCGCCUCGUCCGCAAACCUCGCCGCAGCAGCGCCUGGCAGUCCCGCCAGUCGAGCCUCGUUCGAUGGCGACCGAAGUCGACUCGCCGCCUCAGCCGGCAACAGUCGACCAGCGACCCCCGGCCCAGCCCCAGUCAACGACGAAGUCUCGGAGGAGACGACGCUGCGACAGCUGACCGUGCUGAUAGCGGAUGCGCAGACGAUGGAGCGGAAGGUGUUGGAUUUGUUUGAGGAGAGGAUCAAGGGUCGCUUGCCGGCGGACGGGCGGGACGAGGCGGGCGACAUCAUGCGCGACUCCCUCUCCUCCGUAACCGCCAUCGUUCCCUCCCUCUCCUCCCAGAUCACCACAAUCCUCAUCAAGCGCUGCGCCGAACACCUCAAGCUCGUCCGGUCCGUCGCGUCCCAAGUGCGCGCCAGUACUCGCAAAGGCCCUUCAGAGCCGAGUUACUUUGUGCAUAAUAUCCUCAAGGAGGUGAGAGCGUAUCUUGGUGGACCAGGAAGGGUGGUGGAGGUGGAGUUGAGGAGGAGGUUGGCAACGGUUGUGGUGGAGGACAUUGCGGGGCGCUACACGUCCAUCCUCUCGACGCAAAAGAAGACGGAAGACUCUCUCCGGUGGCUCAAAAAAGGCCGCCAAGGGCUCUCCUUCUUCGGCCGGGCCGCCACCGCGUCGACCGGAGCUGAAGACGGUUCAUCGGACGACGACCGCGUCAAGAUGCAGAUGCAGCUGGACGUCGAGACGCUUGCGAAGGACGCGGAGGAGUUGGGCGUGGAUGUCGAGGGAUGUGAGGCGUUUAGGACGCUGAGGAGGGCCGCGGCGGGGGAGGUCAAGGACGAAGAGGGGAAGAAGUAG